AUGGACAGCGAGGGGGAGACCCCACUCCCUCCUGGGGCGCCCACCUCUUCCCUUUUCGAAGUGCGUCACACGCCGCAUUCCGGCCGCGCAGUCUUCGCCACGAAAGAUAUAGCCGCCGACACGACUGUCUUCCUCGGCGAAGACCUUACCCUCGAUGUUGUGCUUCGCGAGUACCGCCGUGAAGUGUGCGGAGAAUGUUUCGGCUAUGAUCGCGGGCGUGAACUCGGAGUGCGGGACAAUACCGUGGGGUUUGCUUAUUGCUCUGAGGAAUGCAGGAACAGGUGGAGGGAACGCGUCGGCGAGCUCGGUGUUGAGACGUGGAAAGCCACGGAGAAGCUGGUCAAGGGCCGGAGCAAAGAGGAUGCGGAUAUGGUGGAUGUGGGACUGCCGCGGCCGAAGGCGAAGGAGAUACAGAUCGCGUGGGAAGGAUCAGCUGGCCAGGCAGCCUUGAUACGCAUUGCUCGGGAGGGCGAAGUCGCUCGCGACACCAACGGCACAGGCGAGGCUGUCAAGCCCACCAAGCAGCACCGCAAAGCAGUCCAGAAGGCCCUCUUGCAGCCCAUCUCCCCGGACGUGCUUACCUUCUGCAUCAGCGGCAUUCUCUGGAAAUAUAACAAUCCCGACAAGUGGGAUCACGUCCUUGCCCUUGCUGAUAGCAACACACCCUACCACAACUACGACGAUCUCCGCGCCUUCGUCCGCUCUUACCUCCACAUGCUCGCCGUGUGUCCGCUCCCUCUCCUCCCACACAUCACGUCCGAAACGAUAUUCCUCCUUUCGUCCCGCGAUAGCCAUAACUCCUUCGGUAUCCGCUCCCUCGAGGAUGAUGGCUCAGAGUUCUUCGGCUACGGGUGCUGGCCGAGCGCUUCGUACUUCAAUCACUCGUGCGGACCGAACAUCGAGAAGGAGAGGAUUGGGAGAGAGUGGCAUUUUCGCGCGGGGAGGCAGAUCAGGGUGGGCGAGGAGCUGUGUAUUACGUAUUUGAGUGGGGAGGAGAGGAAGUUGAAUAGGGGAAAGCGGAUGAAGACGUUGAAAGGCAAUUGGGGGUUUGAGUGUGGGUGUGAGAGGUGUGAAGAGGUGUAG